ACCAUUAGCAUCUACCAUUCAUUCAAAAAUUUUGUGCAUAUCUUCUCAGAAUUCCGUGGGAGGAGUAUCUGAAUUUUCUGGUUGUCAUUAUAAUUCAAUAAUAAUGAUGAAGGAUGGUGUGCACGGUGUCCUUUUACAUCACAUUACUGCAGAUGAGCUACCUCCUGUGACAUUUGCAAUCGCACCGCAGGAGACCGAUGUUAUUCGUGUUUCAGAAUACCCUUGCUUUCUGGUAUCUGGGAACUCAGAAGGCAUAACUGCAAAAGAAAUGUGGCAAGAAAUAAAAGAGCAUGGCUCUUUCGAGCAUUUGAGAUCUACUGAAGCAUCAGUGUCUUCGAAACGAGGGUCCUCUAUCGGUGCAGCCAUUGCAGCUUCCGUGACGGUUCCAUCUGAUGCUGUAGGUACUGUUACGUUUUCAUUGGCGUGGGACUGUCCUAAAGUAAACUUUCAAGGUGGAAAGACUUAUUACAGGCGUUAUACGAAGUUCUAUGGAACCGAAGGAAAUGCUGCAGCAAAUAUUGCACGUGAUGCUCUUCUUGAACACAACCAUUGGGAAUCACUGAUUGAAGCAUGGCAAGGGCCUGUACUUGAAGACAAGAGGACCCCUGAAUGGUACCCUGUCACUUUAUUCAGUGAGCUCUAUUAUCUUAAUUCAGGGGGGACGAUCUGGACAGAUGAACCACCACCACUCCAUAGUUUAGUAAGCAUUGGAGGAAGCAAGUUUUCCUUGAUAGAUCUCAGUUAG